AUGAGCCGGCUUGAAUCAAUCGGGGUCUUCAGCUCUAAGCAAGAAGCUGAGGAUUAUGUUCCUAAACUUGCAGAGCUGGAAAAUGCUGCUACUAUGCACAUGGCGGAAUCUGUUGGGUUAGACUUCAGGAGUCUGCUAGAAUCGGAAACGGUCCCGGUAAAGAAAAUAUCGGAGUACACCAAGGGUCAAGUGGACACAGGUGUAACAGCAGUGCCAGAGACCGCGUCUACAAAGCUCACCUGUGCUUGGAUUUCUACCUCUCCUCGGGUGGAUUGCAACCUUGACGUUGCCCUGAAUCUCACUCGGGUUCUCGAACGGGUUCUGGACCGGGUCCUCGACCUGGGUCUGCGACCGGGCUGUUUCCGACUGUUCCCCUCGUAUGGUCCCGGGGACAGGUGGCUGAGACUGUUGGACAAGUAUGGAGCAUACGAUGGCCAUGACCGAGUCGUGGUGCAGCCGGCCGGGCUCAAGUUCUUGACGCGGUUGCUCAGUGAGUCUGGCGCCGAAGGUGUCCGCCGACUGCUGUCGUGGAGCCUGGUUCGUCAGUGGGCGCCCUUGAGCGACGGCAGCCUGGAUACAGAGGGUCCCUUGGCGCGCAAUGUGAGCUGCGUGGAAACGGUGCUGGCCGUGCUUAGGCUGCCGUUCCUGGCACGCGUCCUCUUCCAGAGUGUAUCAAAAGACCGGUUAACGGACGCUGAAUCAUUGGCGAGAAAAAUGCAAAGCACGUUCUCCGGCAUGUUGCAAAACUCGUCGACGUUUCAAGGAGAGCCGAGGCAGAAAAUCAUUGAAAAGUUGUCCAAGCUGAAGAUAAUCAUCGGCUAUCCCGAAGCGGUGAACACAACCGAGAAAGUGGACGCUCUCUAUGAAGGACUGACCCUCUCGAAAGCAACUUUAUUCGAGAACUGGCUUGAGGCCUCCAAAUACAAGCAGAGCAUUAUUUCUCAGGAUCGCGAAACUAUGCUGUUCGAUGCAACGUCGGCCAUGGUGUUUUACGACGCAAUGACAAACCAGGUGAUCGUUCCGGCUGGUGCACUGCUGUCACCGCUGCUGUACAGUCCGAACGGUGCUUCUGCUUACAAUUACGGCAGCUUGGGACAAUAUAUAGCUCUGGAAAUGGCUCGUGGCUUCGGACCCAUGGGCAAAAAUUCCAACUACGAGGACGAACUAAAUCCUUGGGUAACUCCAGAGGUGCAAAAAUUCUACGACAGUGUUAAAAACUGUCUGAAAGAAAGCUGGGACAUUGUGAAGGUAGACAUGGGCAGUUCAACUAUAUUUCGGCAGAGAUCCUGUCAGCCGCGUUGA